CCGGACUGCAUUUGCAUUUGCCCCUGAAUCCAUUAUUGGGGUGGGAUUGAGCUGGAAGCUGGUAUCAAUGGCGACGCCAUUAUCAAGUAUCUUCAAAUCCGUGAAGCCCCAUCAUCCUGUUCCCAAACCCAAACCCAAACCCAAUCCCUCUUCUUCCUCAACACCCUCAAAAUCCUUACCCAUCAAAUCAUCGCAAUCUCCGUCGUCUUCGUCACCGCCCAAUUCAGCAUCAAAAUCAAAAUCAAACUCCCGGUGGUCCGUGUACUUGAUCCUAUCCUCCAAUCCGCCCAUCAAAACCUACGUCGGCGUCACCACCAAUUUCUCUCGCCGCUUGAAAGAACAUAAUGGCGAGCUUAAAGGAGGUGCAAAAGCUUCCCGUGCAGGAAGGCCAUGGAUAUGUGCUUGCCUUAUUCGAGGAUUUAUGGACAGAAGUGAAGCUUGUGCAUUUGAGACAAGAUGGAAACAAGUUUCAAGGAAAUUGCCACGUAAAGGAAAGGGUAACGAGGCGCAGAAACUGGAAGAAACUAAAUCUGUUCUGUUAUUGAAACACAGAUACACAGCUCUAGAUCAAGUUAAGGAUUCAAUUGAUUGCAGUCACUUAAAAAUUGUCUGGCAUUCUAAUCCUUAUUAACUCGGUGGCACUUUAGCUUUUCUGCCAAAAGACAGUAAGAUGCAUUGUCAUGUAUACAUUUGCAUACAUGACUUGGGGAAAUUCUACAAUAUGAUAACUCAAAUUUUGUGUUACUACAACAUUUCAAUCUUGAUACUAUAUGUUCCUUAGUUUGGUACUAUAUGCUCUUUAGCUUUGUACUAUAAAUUAUCUUUAGAUACUAUCAUUUAGAAUCAUGAUAUGGAUCUUGAAAUGGUACCAAACCGAGGACUAUGUAGUGUUAUACUGAAGAGCAUAUAGUAUCAAAACUACAAUGUUGUACAGAGUAGUAACAAAAAACUUGAGAUAUCAUACCUUAAAGUGCACCAUAGAAUUUUCCAUGAAAUUUAUUGCAGUUUGUAUUAGGAGGAACAGCAGGCCACAGCUAUUGACAUACUUUAUCAUGUAAUUAUUCCUAGAUCUUUGUACAUGCAGGGGAACACUUGCAGAUGUAUGUUGUACUUUGUCUUAAACCAUGGAAGUGUCAAUAUACCAGUUCUUUUAUUUUCCCUGUCCUAAAGA